AUUUGGAUUCGACUCAGAAAACUCCACCCUCUUUAUCAGUUGGUUCUGCAUCUCUCUCCUCUUGAUGCUGUAUCCAAUUGGCUUCGCAGAAACUUCGUCAAGGCAAAAGCAGGGAAAGCAAAAGAAAGGGGAAAAAACGUUAUUCCGAGCUCUUCAAAGAAGCUCCCACGAAUCUAACUAUUUACGAAAUAAAUAAAAAAAGAGUCAAAGGACGCGGCAGAGAACUCGUCUCCGUGACCCUUCUCGCAGUGGAAUUCGGCUUCAGAACUCCAAUGGCGGAUCCGACGCCGGAGAAGAAGGUGGAGGCGGAGGGCGAGGGGGAUAGGCCCGUCCGAGUCUACGCCGAUGGCAUCUACGAUCUUUUCCACUUCGGCCACGCCCGAUCCCUCGAACAGGCCAAGAAACUGUUUCCAAACACGUAUCUACUUGUUGGUUGUUGCAAUGAUGAAUUGACACACACAUAUAAAGGGAAGACUGUCAUGACUGAAGCUGAGCGUUAUGAAUCUCUUCGUCAUUGCAAAUGGGUUGAUGAAGUUAUUCCUGAUGCUCCUUGGGUGAUCACAAAGGAAUUCCUAGAGAAGCACAAGAUUGAUUUUGUAGCACAUGACUCCCUCCCAUAUGCAGAUGCUAGUGGAGCUGGCAAGGAUGUCUAUGAAUAUGUCAAGUCCGUUGGUAAAUUUAAGGAGACAAAACGCACAGAUGGGAUAUCAACAUCUGAUAUUAUAAUGAGAAUAGUUAAAGACUACAACCAGUAUGUAAUGCGCAACUUGGCCCGAGGAUACACUAGGAAGGACCUUGGGGUCAGCUAUGUGAAGGAGAAGCGGUUGAGAGUGAACAUGAGCUUGAAAAACUUGCAGGAUAAUAUGAAGAAGCAGCGAGAAAAGGUAGAGGAGAAGUUGCAAACGGUUGCAAAAACUGCAAGCUUGUUGCACGAUGAGUGGGUGGAAAAUGCAGAUCGCUGGGUUGCUGGUUUUCUUGAGAAGUUUGAGGAAGGGUGUCACUCAAUGGGUGCGGCCAUCAAAGAAAGAAUUCAGGGGAGCUUGAAGAGGGGGCAAUCAAGAGACUUCAGCUUGUUGCAGUAUGAGGAUGAGGAAGAAGAGUAGCCAACAUAUAUUAGGUAUAAAUUACAAUGCUUUUGCGGUGUGGGUUUAGAAAAAAUGGCUCACGAAAAGGAUAUCUUAGCUGAAAUUAGCCCACAUGACCAUACCCACCCAAAUCUUAUACUUGUCAGCUCGUGUGCUGCCACCAGUUUACUGUGAGUUAUGGAUGAUUUUGUUUGGUGUUUACUUUAGUUAUAUUAUAUUUGUCAACCCACUAUCUACAAAAAAUGGAAGCUGACUCUUAUUUGUGUUACCGUAGUUACCCUAAAAUAUUGAAACUUUUUACU